CAGAAAAGAAGUGGAAAAACAAGCUCUUGUCUAACAGAUGCAAACAUUAAUGUGGGAGGUGGAGUUCUUUUUUCAGGAUCAAGUCAAUCUCUUCAGAGGGUAUAAAUGCAGAGGAACUCUCACUCAGCCUGUGCUGUGCAGAAUUACAAACCUGCUCUGUCAUAUCGAUAGAGAGGACUGAAUGAGCAAGGCUCGGAGGGGAUUAGGACUUCUCCUUGCAAACCCGUGAACACGAUAUUCCAAAGGACAUCAAAAACCUACAAUUUCUGAAUGCGACACAAAGACACAGAAAACAAUCUUUCAAUGAUGUGCUUCUCACCAAGGCCCUGAACAACACAGAAUCGCCAAAGACCACUUCAGUAGUGUCCCUUUAAACAAAAAAUGAAUUCUUCUGACAAGAUGCUCAUGCAGGGUCCUCUGGCCACCAGCUCUAGCAACUCACAGAGCAAUUUCACAGAUCUCCCUGGGAAGACCAAACCAACAGCAUGUGAGCAAGUCAAUAUAGCAACAGAAGUGUUUCUGACUCUGGGCAUCGUCAGCCUACUGGAAAACAUCCUUGUGAUCUGCGCCAUCGUGAAAAACAAGAACCUUCACUCUCCCAUGUACUUCUUCGUGUGCAGCUUGGCUGUUGCAGACAUGCUGGUCAGCGUGUCCAAUGCCUGGGAGACCAUUGUGAUCUACCUGUUGAACAACCGGCAGUUGAUUAUGGAAGACAACUUCAUCCGCCAGGUGGACAAUGUGUUUGACUCCAUGAUCUGCAUCUCCGUAGUGGCCUCCAUGUGUAGCCUGCUGGCCAUCGCGGUAGACCGCUAUGUCACCAUCUUCUACGCUCUCCGCUACCACAACAUCAUGACUGUGAGGCGGGCAGGUUUCAUCAUAGCUGGGAUUUGGACCUUCUGCACUGGAUGCGGCAUCGUGUUCAUCAUUUACUCGGACACCACGCCGGUGAUCAUCUGCCUUAUCUCCAUGUUCUUUGGGAUGCUGGUCCUCAUGGCCUCCCUCUACAGCCACAUGUUCCUCUUGGCCCGCUCUCACGUGAAACGGAUUGCUGCCCUCCCUGGAUACAACUCCAUCCACCAGAGAGCCAGCAUGAAGGCCGCUGUCACGCUAACCAUACUGCUGGGUAUCUUCAUAGUCUGCUGGGCCCCCUUCUUCCUCCACCUCAUCCUCAUGAUCUCCUGCCCGAGGAACCUGUACUGUGUCUGCUUCAUGUCCCACUUCAACAUGUACCUCAUCCUCAUCAUGUGCAACUCUGUGAUCGACCCUCUGAUUUAUGCUUUCCGCAGCCAAGAAAUGAGGAAGACUUUCAAAGAGAUCAUUUGCUGCUACAGCUUGCGGAAUGCCUGUGGACUCCCGAGCAAGUAUUAGAAAAGACUGGCUGCAUUCAGAGAUUAUCAGAUUGAUCAAGCAUUUUUUUCCACCUAAGGUGUAAAUAUAUAUAAAGGAAAUCAGACCUUAAAUGCCUUGUUAUCCUUGUAUCCUUGUAUAGGAUACAUUUACUUGUGAAGACUCGGACAUCUCAGUCUCUUUAGCCUAGUUUAAUUCUGGACCAAGAUAAGGUUUUAAAUGCAAAAUAUUUUAGAUCAAAUUCUCUGAAGGUACACCUGUCAGAAUGUCUGUGACACCUGGUUGAAAUCUGUGUGCUGUGCUGUAUAUACCUUGAAAGAAGACGGAAUAUAACCACCAUUCCUCUCUUAUAGCACUAUAUCAAAUUAGUCGACUCCUGUAUUCUUUAAAGCCAAAAUGAAUCUGAUAAGUUGCUUUAAGAUGUUGUUAAAAAUAAUCUAAGAAUCAAAUGUGUUUUAAAAAAACAUUUAAUCUGAAACACUGUUACAAACUACAAAUAGUGUUAGGAUGUACUGAAAUUUCUAACAAGUCUCUUAAUCAAUCAAGACAAGAAGGAUGGAUUACAAAAUGUAAAGAACUGCACAUUUUACUGCUACCCAGCAAAACAUUGGAUGGGAACACAGAGAUCUCUCAGCUCUCAUGUUCUACUAAGAUAUAAUAUUCCAUGUUGUGAUGUUGUUCCUGUGAAUAAAGCUGCAAUGUUGGAUUUCACAAUAUUUUAGUUAGUCUUUGAAUAAAGUGACAAAUGCAGUCUCCUCAAUAUAUUCAGAGAACAUCGCAAUUGUAUGUUGUAACUGUUUUUGUCAUUAUACUUGAAAAAAUACUUAAUUUACAUUAGUUUAUGUAUUAAGGUGGUCUUUUAAUGAAUUUAUUUCUCUGUUGUUUCAAUGUUAGAUAUCAAAUUCUGUUCACAUUAAAGUUGACAUUUUUUUAUCAAAUCGAUUUUUUUAAUUAAAUGCUUUGUCAUAAAAAGUCAUACUUAACAUCGUUCAUGGAGACCUAAUGGUCUCAUAUGGCCAAUAGAGCCUGAUCCUAGCUGCCCCCCAAAAUUGCACAAACAAGGGAACAGGGGAGUGAAAAUGAACAUCUGCUGUAACGUUCCAAUUUAACAGAGAGCAAUAUAUUAAACACUCCAUAGCACCAUGGAGGAAAGGAUCACUUCAGAUCUAAAUAACACUAAAAAGGAAAAUCAGCUGCAGUGUAUGCAAAUUGAGAUAUGUGAGUACUGAUAAUAGAUUAUCUCAAUGUUUAAAUGACCAUCUAUGAGGUGUUAAGUAAGUUCUUAACAAGUUAAGUGCCUGAAGACCUUGUUGCUCAAGAUCAGUCCAAAAGUAGCGAACCAUCUCAUCCUAAAAAUACAAAUAUUCCUUGAGGAUCCAGGCAGCUUGUAACCCUGUUUGGCCUUGGUGUGGCCCACAUCUGCUGUGGACGGUUCUGCGGCAGUCCCUACUAGAAAAGAAACUGCGCUCAGUCAUAGUCACCAUUUUCUUGGAUUUAAAUGAAGU